UACACGUGUGUUUUCUUUUCACCAGACGACAUGACUACGACGCUGUUUCUCUGCAGUGAGAUACUCUUCCUGUAAAGCCCUAACCACUGUCAGACCAAAGCUUCGCUCUGCUUCAAUGGCGCAACACGUGCUCCGCACGAGCGAACAACCUCUUAGCAGCCUCUCAGCAAACCUCCCCGACGAACUUCUCUCUCCCAAAACCCUAGCUACUUUCAGAUCCCUCAUCAUCGCACCCUCCACUUCCGAAUCCACGAUUUCCUCAAUUUUCGAAGCCCUAAAUCGCUCGCUUGAACUCAGUCGCGACCCGGUCGUCCUUCACCAAACCCUAAAGCUCCUCUCCGACAUUGCAUUCCAACGCCCCAACCUCUCUCGCCUCGUCUCCGACUCGGUCCGCUCCCACUCGCCCCUCUCUUCCGAGUCGACCCGCCUCACCGCCGAGUCGCUCGACGUGCUCGCCUCGAUCGCGGACAGUGACGGAACCCUAGUGGAGCUCGACGACCGGUCAUUCGUCUCUUUGUGCUUCGGUCCCUCCGUGUCCGUACGGUCAUGGCUUCUCAGAAAUGCCGAGCGGUUCUGCAUUGGGCCGUACGUGUUGCUCACUCUGUUUCUAGGGUUUACCAAGGACCCCUACCCGAACGUGAGGAAGAUCGCUCUUGAUGGGCUCGUUCGAUUGAGCAAGCCCGGUGUUAUCGAGGACCCUGGUAUGAUUCAGGGCUGUUAUUGCCGUGCCGUUGAGCUUCUUUGUGACAUGGAAGAUUGCGUAAGAUCCGCUGCGGUUCGCGCCGUGAGUGCAUGGGGUCUGAUCCUUGUAGCAGCCAACCCAGAUGCAAAACUGUAUUGGUCGGAUGACUUAUUCAUCAAGCUCUGUUCUAUGGGAAGAGAUAUGAGCAUGGAGGUCCGAGUUGAAGUUUUCAAUGCCCUUGGGAAGAUAGAAAUGGUGUCUGAGGAUAUUCUUUUACAAACCUUAUCUAAGAGAGUACUAGGGAUCACAAAAAAGAUGACAUCUCGUGGUCAGUUCCCUGCUGAACAAUUUGAAAUAUUGGCAUCGAGCAUGGCUGGAGUUUUAGUGCAUGGACUUGAGGAUGAAUUCUAUGAGGUUAGAAAGUCUGCCUGUCAUUCCUUCCGUACACUCACCAUCAUCUCUGCUGAGUUCUCUGGGAAAGCAUUAGAUUUGUUAAUGGAUGUACUAAAUGAUGAUUCAAUAUUUGUCCGAUUACAAGCUUUGGAGACUAUGCUGCAUAUGGCAACCUAUGGCCAUCUAAACGUGCAAGGAACACACAUGCAUAUGUUUCUUGGCACUCUAUCGGAUGGUAAUACGAUCAUCAGAUCUACUACGUGGAAAAUACUUAAAUUAGUGAAGCUGCCAAAUAUAGAGUUAUUUAGAUUAUUUGUUCAUGGCCUCAUUGGAAGUUUGGAAAAACAUCCACAGGAUGAAGCUGACAUAUUCUCUGCUUUGUUUCACAUUGGCCAUAAUCAUGGGAAAUUUGUGGUGUCCAUUAUCAACGAGGUUUCUGAGGAGGUAGAGCCAGCUUCUGAAGGCAAGCUGGGCUUUGAUAGUGCAAGAGUGGCUGCAUUGCUAGUUGUGGCCAUUUCAGCUCCACUAUCACAUAAGCAGCAUGCUUGCAGUAUUCCACCUAGAAUAUUUUCUUAUGCAGUUACAUUGCUGGGAAGGAUCUCUGCUGCUUUGACUGAUGUAAUGAGUCAAGAUGCUCUUUUGACUUACUUGACUCAAUGCAGUAGAUCGACAAGAUUCUCUACAACAGAGUUAAAUUUCAGAGAGAUGGAGCCAGAUUUGCCUGUAAUUGAUAUUCCAAAUAGCACUAGCAAUGAGAUCAGUGAUAAUGUUGGGACACCAUUGCAGCUAGAAGAGCAUGGGACCUCCAAACUUCAGUCUUGGACAAUGACGGAGACAAUGGAAGUAGCAGCUCCGCUUGUAGGAUUCCAGCUGGGGGUUCAUCAGGAAGAAAUGAAGGCCAUGAAUCUUAUCCUUUCAAAGGUCAAAGAUAUUUGGCCAUUAAUACUAUCAGGAUUUACGAAAGAAGUACUAAGGACUCUAAGGAGUUUUAAGGAAGAGCUGGCAGCAUUCACGUCUGAGUCACUUGGAUCUGUUGGCGCUGUAGCAUUUACAUUGCAGUAUCUCCGGGUAAUGAAACAUCUUGCAAAGGUUUGGGAACACUUCCUGCCUGCAAAAAAGCUUUGUUCUUCUGGAAUGGGAGAAUUGGACCUUGUAUUGGGAAAACUAGACAUUGGGCUUAGAGAAAUGAGGAGUACGUUUACAGGUUUGUCUUUAGAACAGGAGUUGCAAAUCUUAGAGCUGAUACUUCUGACUCGUACUCUCAGGUUGUGUAAAGUUGAAAUCUGCUGCCAUUUUUCUACUUUGAAAAAGCUAUCUGCUACACUGUCAGAUGUAAAUUCUAUUCUCAAAUCAGGAUCUAUUGAGCCAUCUAAUUUUGUUAGUGAAGUUGGAAAAUUAUUGUGCCUAAUUGGAACCUCUAGCAGUGGAACUUCCUGCAGUCCAUUUCUGUUUAAGGAAUUGCUUCAACAUUUCUCCCUUAAGCAGUUUGUGCUUUGUGGAAGGCUCGAUCAGGUUAGGGCAGAACUUGUUGUUCCUGAUAAUGACUCUGAAAAUCCUCUUCAUUUUGUUCCACGACUACCUGUUGGUAUACCGUGCAAGAUUACUCUUCAUAAUAUAUCGAGUGAGAAUAAGUUGUGGCUGAGAAUGACUAUGGAUGAUGAGUCAACUCAGUUUGUGUUUUUGGAUUUGAACCUCUUUGGAAGCAGUGCUGAGGUCAGAAAAUUUACGUACGUGGUGCCCUUUUACAGAACCCCCAAUGCAAUUUGUUUCACAUUGAGGGUCUGUCUAGGUAUGGAAUGCUUGUUUGAGGAUGUUUCACGUGUCGAAAAAUAUGGGGGUCCAGAACGUGAGCUAACGUAUCUUUGCAAAGAAAAGGAAGUUUGUCUCUCCACGAUUAUUUAAGACUGAAUUGUUUGUUUUAGUCUAUUAUGGCAGUUCAAAGCAUUACUCUUUAUCUUUGCAUAUAAGAUUUCUUCCAUCGAAGAAUCAAAUGGAUUGAAUGAAUCAAUGAUGGUAGACCCUAUUAAGUAUUUCACUCAUCUGGACGGUCGUGGAAAAUGGCAUUCAUCAGCCUGAAGAGGGUGUAGACCAGCUUUAUAUGCUAGUCUUGAAUAAGUAUAGACUU